UAUGUUUGAAAUAUCGUAAAAUAAUACAGUAGAAGACGUCUAAGCCAGCAAUGUUUGGAGAUAUGGAAGUGUUAUCUUUUGUUUCUGGUCUAGGAAGGACGCCUGUGUCAACUCUAAUAUGGACUUUACUUGUACUGAUUGUCACAUUUGUGCUAUAUAAGGCAGUACAAAUUACGUUACACGUUCGUCGUCUAAAACGCGUGUUUAAGGAUGUACCUGGACCGAAGGAUAUACAUUGGUUCCAUGGCAGCCUCCAUCUGUUUCCAAAGGCACCAGCAGAGCGUAUCCGGUUCAUGCUAAGUUUGGGUGCUAUGUUUAAACGGUACUUCUGCCUGUGGAUAGGGCCUGCUAGGGUAACUUUGGUGGUCAACCAUCCAGACACCAUAAAGGCUGUCAUGAAAACCUCUGAGCCGAAGCCCACAGGAUUCAGCGGCAUGUAUCGUUUUGGCAUCCCUUGGUUGGGUGAAGGGCUUCUUAUCUCCGACGGUGAACGAUGGGCCAGAAAUCGACGGCUUUUAACACCAGCCUUUCAUUUUGACAUUCUUAAACCGUACGUGAAUGUGUACAACGAAGCGGCAGAAAAACUGAUGAACAACCUUGAGGUAUUUGCUCAACAGAAGAAACAAUUUGAAGUUUUUUCCCACGUGAGCCGUUGCACUCUUGACAUCAUCCUGCGAUGCGCCUUCUCGUACGAAACCGAUUGCCAGGCUCCUGGCAAGUCCCACCCUUACCUUAAAGCAGUGAGUGAGCUUUCUGAUAUCUGGUGGCAAAGAGAAAAAAAGCUGCUCCUGUAUCCUGACUUUAUCUUUUACAUGACAUCCAUGGGUCGGAAGUUUAAAAAACACUGUGAUUAUGUACACACAGUCGCCGAAGAAGUCAUACAAAAGCGAAAAGCCGCAUUGGCCAACUCCAAUACUGCUGUUGAUAGAAAGUACAUGGACUUCUUAGAUAUUCUUUUGACGGCUCGUGACGAACAUGGCAAUGGAAUGUCAGUGCGAGACAUUCGGAACGAGGUGGACACAUUCAUGUUUGAAGGGCACGAUACCACAGCCAGUGCAAUAUCCUGGACACUUUAUGCCUUGGCAAAACAUCAAGAGUAUCAGAAUCGUGCACAAGCUGAAAUUGACGCCAUCUUGGAUGGGCGUGACACUGACAUUAUUACAUGGAAAGAUUUCCAAAGCCUUGAAUUCCUUUCGAUGUGCUUGAAAGAAAGCCUUCGAAACUACAGUCCAGUUCCUUUCAUUCAAAGAGAAUUUACACGUGACUUCGAACUAGAUGGGAGAAAAUUUCCAGCGGGGACCCCUGUUGCUUUGCACAUAUAUGGCGUCCAUCAUAAUAGGGACAUUUGGGAUCAUCCAAUGGUUUAUAAUCCAGAGAGGUUCUCGAGGGAAAAUGUGGCAAAAAUGAAUUCGUACCAAUUUGUACCCUUUUCAGCAGGUCCAAGAAAUUGCAUCGGACAGCAUUUUGCAUUGAAUGAAGAAAAGGUUGUAAUUGCUCGACUGCUACGAAGGUACAAUUUCUACCUGGACCCUAGCCAAGUGGUACAAAAGAAGGUGGCGGCAGUUUUAAAGACGGAAACUGGCAUCAUGAUGUUCUGUGAACGCAGACAACAUUAAUGAUAUAUUUUGCUUUGUUCCCCCUUGAAUGCCAAUAAACAAUAAACAUGAUAAAAGCUACCUGUGCACGUAGUACUACGGCUGAAAGUUUGCAUCUCGAUGUAUUUUGUGGCGGCGUUGUUAUUUAUUCGUGAUUUCAUUCGUCAAUGUGUUGCCGAAAUGGAUCUUUUAAGUAAGCUUAUCUCAUCAAAUGAAGCAGAUAUAAUGAGUUUAAAUAUCAUUAUUGUCCUUUCAACAGAACUUUCCUCAUGUUUUGUACAGGAAAUGUGAUCUAUUGUCUUCACAAAUAUUUUUUUAUAUAUUUUGCGCGGCUAUACUGGCAAUACUGCAAUACACAAGAAGCGAAGAUAGCCAAAACAAUUGAAUAUACAAGCGUUAUGACUAUAUAAAUAUUGAUCAUUCCACACUGGACCAAUAAUUUGAAUUAUUUAUUAAGUAUUAUAACCUUGGGACUUCUAAACCAUAGUGCUAGGAUACUGUCAAAAUGCAGACAUGAAUGGUGUGGAUGUUAUUGAAAAACAUGUUUUCUUUGUCUGCUAAAACACCUGUGUUCUCUUUCCGGAAAAGCCAAGUGCAGUGUUUACCAACGUCUGUCAUAUCACAUCAGGCAGUGGUUAACAAUGUCUUAUAUUUGAACGAACCUCGACUGUGAUCUUUAUCGUCAAAUAGAGCAAACCAUCUGAUAGUUGGCAGUGUAUACCAAACUCUGUCGUAGCACAUCAGGCAGUGGUUAACUUUGUCUUAUCUUUAAAUGACCUUGGACUGUGAUCUUAGUCGCCCAAACUAGCACAUCAUCUGAUAAGUUCAUCUUGCAGAGGUUAAACUAGUUGUCUAACUGUUUGUUCAUUCAUCAUGUUGAGCGAUAUGUUAUAAUAUUGUAAGCACCAAACUAGACACCAAUUGUUGUGGUAAAUACAAAUACAUGGGGUAUUGUAUUGUCUGUGGCAUGGAUACCCUAGCUCAAAGUCAUUAUAUACAGACAAGUGUUUCAUACCCUAAUUUACCGUCUAAAAUAGUGCAUGUAAUCCUUUAUUAAAUCCGUAUUACACAGUGGCCUUACUAGAUUGCGCAUAUAACUACCACUAAACAGUACUAGCAAGAUUGUUUUUCAAUUUCAGCUGAGUAAUGUAAAUUCGUGAAUUCAUUUAAUAUGUGAGCAUGAAUGUUGUGUUUCGACACAUGAAGUUCAAUAUGCAAUUGAGCAAUUUCACACACAACUUGCCAUAGCAAUACAUUAAAACAUAUUA